CCCUCCUCCCCCUCCCCCCCUCUGGCCUCUUCCCAUUGCCAAGCAAGAGAGAAACGCACGCGAGCCGCGAGCAGAAAAUACACGACAGCAGCGCGGCCGGCACCAGCCAUCCCGAUCUCGCUAUUUCGCCCUUCCCUUCUCCCCCGAUGCGAUCUCGCCAAACCCUAAUCCCACCGCCCGCCGCCGCCCGGCCGUCGUCGCCGGAGCCCUAGCCCCGAAUGCGGCGGCGGUGACGCGCGGCGUGUCACCACCAACUCAGCGUGCCCGCCCGCCACCGCCCGUCCUGCCACCAAGCAAACAAAGCAGCCAUGGGCGCCGCCGACAAGUGGCUGCUCCCGCUCGUCUCCGUCUCCUUCGUCUCGCUCCUGCUCUUCCUCUCCGCGCUCUCGGGCUUCUCCGCCUCGUCCGCGCUCUUCGCGCGCCUCCCGCCGCCCUCCUACGUGCGCCGGGGCGCCGCCGCGCCGCCUUCCUUCGCGUACCUGCUCGCGGGGGGGCGAGGCGACGGCAGGAAGCUCCUGCGGCUGCUCCUCGCCGUCUACCACCCCAGGAACCGCUACCUGCUCCACCUCUCCGCCGACGCGCCGGCCUCCGAGCGCGCCGAGCUCGCCGCGGCCGUCGCGCGCGCCGCACCCGCCGUGCGCGCCUUCGGAAAUGUCGAUGUCGUGGGCAGGCCCACCGCGGGCACCCCAAUGGGCUCCUCCGGCCUCGCCGCCACGCUGCGUGCGGCCGCCGCGAUGCUCCGGCUCGAUGCGGAGUGGGACUGGUUCGUCACGCUCAACGCCGCCGACUACCCCCUUCUCACCCAGGACGACUUGAUUCAUGUUUUCUCCUCUGUUCCAAGGCACCUCAACUUUAUUGAUCACACGAGUGACAUUGGAUGGAAAGAGUCUCAGAGAGUGCAACCGAUUAUAGUAGAUGCUGGAGUAUACUUGGCAGGGAGGAAUCAGUUCUUCCAAGCCACAGAGAAACGGGACACUCCUGAUGGUUUCAAAUUUUUCACAGGUUCUCCAUGGGUCAUUUUAAACAGACGCUUUGUGGAGUAUUGUGUUUUUGGUUGGGAGAAUCUCCCUAGAACACUCCUCAUGUACUUCACAAAUGUGAUGCUACCUCUAGAGGGGUAUUUCCAUUCGGUUGCAUGCAACUCAGACUUCCGCAAUUUCACGGUGAACAAUGACUUGCGGUAUGUGGUGUGGGACGAUCCACCUCAGAUGGAACCCCAUUCCCUAAAUGUUACACAUUAUGAUGAGCUAGUAGGGAGUGGGGUUCCUUUUGCCCGGAAGUUUAAGGAGAAUGAACCACUAUUGGACAAGAUUGAUGAUAAAGUGCUACGACGUUGGCGCCACAGACCUGUUCCUGGUGCAUGGUGCACAGGUAGGAGGAGGUGGUUCAGUGAUCCUUGCUCCCAGUGGAGCAAUGUCAACAUUGUAAGACCUGGUCCUCAAGCUGAGAAGUUCCGAACAUAUAUGAACCGGAUUCUGGAAGAAUCAAAGUCAAGCAACAACUCUUGCAAGCAAUAGCAGUAGCAUCCAAGCAUGAGGCUUUACUUCCCGCAGUUGAAGCGUUGAGCUUGUCUCAUUUUGCACAGAGGAGCUCGCAUGUCUCGAGAACUUCCUGCCAUCGCUUCAGGAGCAAGCAUUUUUGCACCUGUUGUAUGAACACACGGCCAAGGUGAGAGAUGGGUUUAUUCUUUCUUGAUUUUUUUUGGUGUCAUGGCUUCAAGGGUUUAGUGCACACUAGCAUUAUUGGAAGCCAAGAGAGCUUACUGUGGGAAUACGGAAGCUAAUAGACAUUGUAAUUAGUAGCAAUGAGUUGAAUGGCAUGUGCCUUUGUUUAUAGAACUGAUGGAAUUGUUGGUGCUUCCAUACAGAAUUGAGAAAUGAAGGAACGGGGGAAUGUUAUUGAUUGGUUGGUCACGGUUGUUGCUGUUAUGGACAUGUGGUUAAUACAAUGCUUAGCGAUUUUUUCACCCUUGAUUGACAUACAGUUAUUCUCAUAAUCUCAUGUGUCCUACUGUCCUCUUGAUAUGACAUUCUGCAUUUUGCUGCGGAUAGCCGGAUAUGCACUGACAACUCUGGUCUCUUGCAGUGAAGCAGUACCCCCUUAAUUGCAGGACUGUAGUGUGCUAAUGAACUGUGGAUGUGAGCAAUGGCAAAUCGGCAGUAUGGCAUCCCUGCCGACUACCCUUUGUAGCAUCUGUUUGCUUUAGGGGUGAAAUUGUGUGGCCUUCAAUGGUAUGGUAUCCAACUGCAGUGUGGUAGACUAGGCUGUAUCCAGUCGAAACAUGCUAAACUACAUGAAUUGGUAAUUGAUAC